AUGAAUUUAUCAGGAACAAAUUCUUUAUAUUUUAUAGCGAGUUUGAUAUUAUUUUUAAAUCCACUAUGCUUACUUUCUUAUAGAACUUUUUCGUAUAAUGAAAUUGAACCUGGAUUUCAGAGUUAUCAGUUAUUAACUUAUUAUGACGGAACUUCGGUGGUUUUCUUGACUAAACCGAUAAAUGAAACCUGCAACGAACCAAUAAUUAUUCUUCGCAUUAUACAUCCAAAUGGUACAGUCGAUAAAGCAGAAAUUGAUUAUCCAAUCCCAGAUUUUAAUUUUUGCAUUAUACCGAAUGAUAUAUCGUUACAUCUUGUGCUUUUUCGCCAUUUGCCGGAUUAUAUCUAUGUUCUUUACGAGAACUCUACCGAUAUAAAUUCGGCAAGCUAUUUUGCAUUACUUGUUACUCGCACUGGAAAAUUUAUUAGUAAUACAUAUAUUUCACGCGUUUCCGUAAUCAAUGGAACACUUUCAAAUUUGGGAAAUUUGGCUUUACACACCAAUGAGGAACACGGCUUUCUUUUUUACAAUCCUUUAACUGAAACUAUUACGGAAUGGAUUUACUUUGGCAAUUCUGAUUCGAAUGGAAAUUUUCUACCAAUAAAUAAUGGUCGUUUUGAUCAAAAAAUAUCAGAUAUUUUCCCCACAAUUGAUGGAAACUUUGGAAUAGUAACUAAAAAUAUUUCAAAUAGACCUCAUGAUGUAAUUGAUCCAAUCGAGCCAACUUUCGAGCUAUAUAUAACCUUCGUUGGACCAAAUAAAAAUGUUGAUGGUCCAUAUUUACUUUACCAAACUUCGAUACCGAAUUUGCAAAUUCAAUCUAAUUGUAAUGUUGCUUAUACAACUAAGGGCUAUUUUUGCAUUUUAAAUAUGAAAGAUGAACAGCAUGAAGAUCCUAAAUAUCAUGUGAUUAAAAUUAUAUUUCAAAAUUCAGGUUCGGUUGUUGAUGUUGAUAAUUUUUCGGAACUUGGAUUAUAUAGAAAUUUAAAAGAAAAUGAAUUUACGAUAUUUAAUAGUUUAUAUCAUGGAGGUUUUUUAUUGAUGAUUUUUAAAAAUUCAGAAGAUACUCUUUAUAAGACAUUUCAAUCCAUCAUACUUGAUAAUAACGGAAAUUACAAUAAUACAUUGGAUCUUCCAGAAAAUAUAAAAAUUAUGAAUGUGUAUUCAACAGGAGGUUUUCGAAAUAACACAUUUGUCAUUGUUCACCAAGAAGAUGAUUAUACUUGGAAAAUUUACUCUACAGAUACUCCAACGUUCACUUCUAAUGGUAAAUAUUUAAUCAUUAAUAAUAGCGAUCCUAUAUUGCGACAAACCGUUCCAGGCAGCUCUCCUUCAUUUAUAUAUAGUGCAGAUAAUAGAACAAUAAAUAUAAGUGUUUUGGAAAGUACAUUUAAUCAACCAAAUGCAAAGUAUUACAUUGUGAUUGAAGAUAAUGUUGUAAAAGAUUUGGAAACAAAUCAACCUUUAAUAGGAAUUGGAAGUAAUAUUUGGGAGUUUAAUACUGUCGAUAAGCAAGAUAUUUUUACGGAGGAUGCAACUGGUCGAUUUUCUUUAACGAACGAAGGAACAAAAUACUUCAAAAGUCUUUCGUCAUAUAAUCAAACAGGAUUUUUAUUACAGUUAAAAGUUUAUUUGGCAAAAUCAAUACCUUUGGAGAUUAAUAGAUUAAAUGAUAUUAAAUAUGAAUAUGAUAAAAGUCAACGGCCUCCAAAAAUACUUUUAUCAUUAUCUAUUAAAUCAACAUCAAAUUUAAAUGAAAGAAAUGUCGAUAAUAUCAUAAAAGAUUUAGAUCUAUUGAUUAAAUAUAAAGAACUGACUCCUAUAUCUUUGUUCGAUUUAACAAAUUUUAUAGAUGCAAGUUUUGGCUUUCAACGUACUAGAAACUUUUUUGAUGAUGUUAAAUUUCAUUUGAUUGGUAUUGUUAUUGGAGUGAUAAUUUUAUGUUUGCUUUAUUUAUAUGCUAGGAAAAAGCAUCCUACGGGUAAAAAUAUUGUAAUAUUCAAACUUACUUUAAUUAUUUCGGAUUUUAUUUUGGAUAUUUUAUUUAUCCCGAAUAAUGGAAAAAGGGUUCCUCAAUUAAUUAUUCCAAG